AUGAUCCCUACCUUAUUGACCACAACUUCUGAUACGAACCUAGGACGACCUGCUCCUAAACCCGUAGAUAUUGAUGGUAUUUGUGAACCUAUUUCUGGAUCUCUACUUUAUGGAAACAAUAUGAUUUAUGGUGCCAUUAUUCCUACUUCUGAAACGAUAUGCUUGCAUUUUUACCCGAUAUGGGAAGCGGCUUCUAAUGAUGAAUGGCUAUAUAAUGGUGGUCCUUAUGAGCUAAUUGUUCUACACUUUUUACUUGGUGUAGCUUGUUAUAUGGGUCGUGAGUGGGAACUUAGUUUCCAUCUGGGUAUGCACCCUUGGAUUGUUGUUGCAUAUUCAGCUCCUGCUGCAGCUGCUACUAUUGUUUUCUUGAUCUAUCCAAUUGGUCAAGGAAGCUUUUCUUGCGGUAUGCCUCUAGCAAUCUCUAGUACUUUCAACUUCAUAAUUGUAUUCCAAGCUGAGCACAAUAUCCUUAUACACCCAUUUCACAUGUUAGGCAAAGCUGGUGUAUUCGGUAGCUCCCUAUUCAGUGUUAUGCAUGGUUCCUUGGUAACUUCUAGUUUGAUCAGGGAAACCACAAAAAAUGAAUAUGCUAAUGUGGGUUACAGAUUCUGUCAAGAGGAAGAAACCUACAAUAUCAUAGCUGCUCAUGGUUAUUUUGGAUGA